UAUUAAUAUUUUAUUCUCUGCUCAUCAACGCCUUCCAUUUUUCGUCCCUCUCCAAACACCAUCUCACUUUCACGCUCUUUCGAUUCUUCUUCCAUUUGGGUGUUUCUCACUUUCAAUUAGCUCCAGAGACCAGCAGAAUUCUCACAUACUGAUUAUAUUCCGAAAAAGUGAGCAGCUUUGCCUGGUAUUUGAUGUCUCCUGGUUUAGGGAUGGUAUAACUUGACAGUCCCUCCAAACUAUAGUUCAACAUUUGUUGUGUUAUGGCUCGGAAAAGUAAUCAGCAGAAGAACGGGGUUGAUCGCCAUGCGUCAAACCAUAAAAAGCGGAGUUCAGAUUUAGGGGGUGCGCAGCCUGAUAUAAAGGGUCAUGGAAAAGCAAGUGAAGUCAAAGUGUUUCCUGGAGAGGAGGAAAUCCCAAAUGGUAACCAUCCAAGCAGUCCUCUAGGAAGGAGUGCGGGCAAAGCCAAUAAUUCUGGAGAUGAGCAUAAGUGCAAGCAAAAACCGAUGAAGCAAUUUAAGAAAGAUAAGCAAGAGAUGAAUGAAAAUGGUAUAGAUCCUGAGGAGCAGCCAAAGCCUUUGGGAAGUGAUUCGGGAGAGUGUAAUGGAAACAAUGAAGGUCCAAGUGUAGCAGAAGAAAAUGGUUCAACGCCUCAUCACGACCAAGGUCGAAACCAUAGAAAAAGUAGAUUACCUAGCUCGUUGAAUGAACUUCAUAUCCAAAAUUUACUAGAAAGCAUAGAGUUUUCUGAUAAUGUAGUCCUGAGAAACUUGAGGGCAUUGGCAUUAUCCUCCUUCAAGGCAGCUAAUGAAUGGAUGGAGAGGCAAAGACCCUUGUUUAGUACACUAAGAACUAAAAUACAGAAUGCUCGUGUUUAUGCCAAAACAAAGUUUGAGCAGGCAUAUCCCAUUGUUUUGAAAUGGUUAAUCAAUUUUGGGAGUAUAAUGCUUCUGAUACUAAUGGUGUGGUUAGACUGUGCUCUAAGGGGAAUUGAUUCCUUUCUACGAUUGGGGACGGCAUCUUUCUUCUCGGUUAUAUGGUGCAGCGUUUUCUCUGUAAUUGCUAUGGCUGGAAUGUUCAAGUUCAUUGUUGUUUUGUCGUUAGCUGCUCUAAUUGGAGUUUUCGUUGGGUUCACUAUUGGAAUUCUAGUGGUUGCCAUUUCUGGAACCGUUUUCUUGUGGCUGUAUGGAAGCUUUUGGACAACUGUGCUAGUUAUCUUGCUUGGAGGUUUGGCAUUCGCCUUGAGUCGUGAACGCAUUGCACUGUUGAUCACCACUGUGUACUCUGUGUAUUGUGCUUGGACAUAUGCUGGGUGGCUUGGUUUGAUCUUUGCUUUAAACCUAGCUUUCAUCUCGAGCGAUAUUCUGAUAUACUUUCUAAAGAACAAUAUGAAUCAACAGAGAAGACCCAAUGGACCUGCUGAAGAAGCUCCCGGUAUGCAAGGUCAACCAGGUUUCUUCAACAGUGAGAACGUGCAUGCCUCUUCAUUUGAAACUGGCCCAGGAUUUUCUGCGGAUCGUAGUCCUGGAGUACCUUCAACCAGUGGAGCUGAUUCUGAUAUAACUUCUGAAGAUGAAGUUGUUCGGUUGUUAAACUGCAUCGAUCACUAUUCAGUGUUGGGGUUGUCCCGAUACGAUAACGUGGAUGUUUCUUUACUUAAGAGGGAAUAUAGGAAAAAGGCAAUGUUGGUCCAUCCUGAUAAAAAUAUGGGAAAUGAGAAGGCUGUAGAAGCUUUUAAGAAACUUCAGAAUGCAUAUGAGGUUUUACUUGAUUCAGCGAAGCAAAAAGCGUAUGAUGAUGAGUUGAGAAAGGAGGAACUACUAAACAUUUUCCGUAGAUUCAAAAGCACUUCACUAAAGAAUGGGGAGCAUGGUUUCUUUACUCCUGGAAUGGCACACUGUGAGGCUGAUGGUGAUGACCCACUUGGAGAUUCGAGACGAAUAGCCUGCAAGAAGUGCAACAACUUUCAUCUUUGGAUACUCACUAGGAAAUCAAAAAAUCGAGCAAGAUGGUGCCAGGAUUGUAAAGACUUUCAUCAAGCAAAAGAUGGGGAUGGAUGGGUAGAACAAUCUUCCCAGCCCUUCUUUUUUGGAUUAUUGCAAAAGGUGGAUGCUCCAGCUGCAUUUGUUUGUGCGGAUAGCAAGAUAUAUAAUGCUACAGAGUGGUAUAUUUGUCAGGGAAUGAGAUGUCCAGCCAACACUCACAAGCCAAGUUUUCAUGUGAACACUAGUAUAACCUCCAAGCAUAAUACUGGAAAGGGGCCGUCGAGUUCAGGACAAAGAGGUGGCCGAAUUCCAACGUCUGUGGAAGAGUGCAUGACCGAGGAAGAAUUCUUCGAGUGGUUUCAGAAUGCGGUGCAAUCAGGCGUGUUUGACAACACGAAUGCGAGCUCCUCCAACGAAAGCCCAUCAUCAACCAAGGCUGGAAACAGCACGGAGAGCGGUGGUAGCAAUGGCGGCGGCGGGGGUGGCAGCAACAAGAGAAAGAAGAAGGGAAAGAAGCAAUGGUGAAAACCCAUUAUCAUCUCUUCUUGGAACAGUCUCCUGUAUAAGCAUUAGAGAAGCAGACAGAAAAAAAGGUUUAUAUGAACUUCCACAGUGGCCAAUUGUGUUCUUCCAAAAGGGAGGGCUUAGCAGCAAUAAGUUUUUUUUUUUUUUUUUUUUUUUUUUUUUUUUUUUUUUUUUUUUUUUUCUCACUUGAACCCCAAAAUUGUAUUGCCGCGCAGGCAUGAAUGGAAGUCCCCUGCAGCCUGCAAAUAUUGCAGAGUUUGUAUAAAGUUUCAUUAUCAUUCCCUUGGUUCA